AGACUUUGGUUCAUUACCAACGGAAUGAGGCCCGCGCUCCACAACUGUUCACGACUCCAACCCCGAGCUGCACCCAACGUUCAUCCUACCCACUUCCUUGGCAUGGAAUCUGUGAAAGCGGAUCAUGGAGAAUCAUCCAAUCACAAAAUACAAUCCUGUUGAACUUCUAUCUCGAUAACGUCAAUCAGCACACAAGCCCUUGGCGAGAUAUGGUCUGGGGCGAUUCGUAGAUCAAGGCAAUUUGGGAGGGGCCGAGACUCGACAAGGAGCAAGCUCCAAAAGAACCUUUCAUGUCCCGCCAGCUCGUGAUCUUGUGUAUUUCUGAACUUCGCUUCUCGUUUACUCUCAUUCUUGUACUUCUACACUGUCACAUCUUCCACAAUGGAUUCCAGUAACCACCAAGGCGCCGACAAGGCUGUCUUAGUUGACAGUUCCAGCAAUGAGGGCAAACGAUCCAUCGACAAAAAGAAACCUGAUGGCAUCGAGAGUGGCUCGAGCCAUUCAGCCGACAAUAUGCUCGAAGCAAUGGGAUAUACCUCAGAAUUGGUUAGAAAUCGAACAACGCUACAGGUGGCUUUUAUGAGCUUUGUGCUCGCCUCCAUUCCAUAUGGUCUCGCUACUACCCUCUUUUAUCCGCUUGCUGGAGGAGGACCUGCCAACGUCAUUUGGGGCUGGGUCUUGGUGUCGUUAAUUAUCUUAUGUGUUGCCAUAUCUCUGGGAGAAAUUACCUCUGCAUAUCCUACGGCUGGAGGGGUUUACUACCAGACAUUUAUGAUAACACCGCCCUCGUAUCGUUUGAUCGCUUCUUGGAUUUGCGGAUGGCUCUACGUUGUCGGAAACAUAAUGAUCACCUUGUCGGUCAACUUCGGAACCACACUGUUUAUUGUUGCCUGCGUUAACGUGUUCGAAUCUGAGCCUGGCGUGGGAGUCUUUGCUGGGGAGACUUAUCAGAUAUUUCUUAUAUUUGUGGCCAUCACCCUUCUCUGCAAUCUUGUAUCGUCCCUCGGUAACAAGUGGCUUCCAUGGUUAGAUGUAAGUAGUCUGCUUUUGUGUCUCGAGACAUUCCCAAAACUCACAUUUUUCAGACCUUUGCCAUUUUCUGGACAUUUGCGGGACUCUUUGCUAUUAUCAUAUCAGUAUUAGUAAUUGCCAAAAACGGACGGCGCGAUGCUGCAUUUGUCUUUGGACACUUUGAGCCUUCGAGCGGUUGGCCAGCAGGAUGGUCGUUUUGUAUUGGUCUAUUGCAGGCAGCAUAUGCGACAUCUUCCACUGGAAUGAUUAUCUCGUGAGCUCCACCCUCAAAGUCCUAUAAACUUAUCUUCAACUUCCCACUAACAAAAAGUAGCAUGUGCGAAGAAGUACAAAACCCAUGCGUCCAAGUACCAAGAGCCAUGGUUGGGACGAUCAUCCUCAACACUAUCUGUGGUUUACUUUUCUUGAUCCCAAUUCUCUUCGUCCUUCCCGAUCUCGCAGAACUUGUCGCUCUUGUGUCUGCUCAACCAACUCCAACCAUUCUUGUCUCAGCAACCGGCAGCAAAGGAGGAGCCUUCGCACUCUUGGUCCCUCUUAUGGUCCUUGCUCUAUUCUGUGGAAUUGGUUGCACCACUGCCGCAUCCCGUUGUACUUGGGCCUUUUCACGCGACGGUGCCAUCCCGGGAUCUCAACUAUGGAAAAAGAUCAAUCCUUCAUUGGAUGUGCCAUUAAAUGCCAUGAUGCUCUCCAUGGCGGUCCAAAUCAUCCUCGCUGUCCUUUACUUUGGCUCUUCCGCAGCCUUCAACGCUUUUACUGGUGUCGGUGUUAUUUGCUUGACCGUUAGUUACGCCAUGCCGAUUGCUGUCUCGCUCCUUGGUGGACGAACACAUAUCAAAUUAGGUAAAUUUGAUAUGGGUAUGGUUGGUCUCGUUAGUAACGUUGUGUCGCUCGGUAAGCCCCAACCUCUGCAUCUUAUUCCAUUACACCUUCCAAGAUGGUGACUAAUGAUUUUCGCAGGUUGGAGUAUAUUGGCAGUCCCAUUAUUCUGCAUGCCUUCCGUUAUUCCCGUUGCUGCUGAUACUAUGAACUAUGCCUCCGUUGUCUUGGUGGCAUUCUUCUUCGUUGCUACCGGCUGGUAUUUCGCAUGGGGUAAAAAGAACUAUUCUGGACCACCUGUACAUGAAGAUGCCACCAUUGAUCCCCAACCUUCCACAUUAGCUUCUCAUGCGCAACAAUUAUAAAUAACCCCAUCUAGGCCCUUGCGACAACUGGACAGGAUCAUUUCUAUUCCGAGAAUAACCCGGACUACCUGGACUUCAUGAUGCUCUUCCUAUGCGACAGCCAGGCCCCACGCGACGAUAUUGGACGACUUGACUCCGAGAGUGAACCCCUCCCCGUGCACUUGCUCUGUUGAUGAUACGACCUCCCAUGCGACUUUUCUGGACGGGACCGCUUGGUUGAGUGAUCUCCAUAAAACACCAUGUCCCUAUCUGCCUUGAAGUAUCCACUUGGCAAUGCCCACCUGGCAUCACCUCCCUUGCUUACCAAUCCACGCCUCUGCUCUGGGACGAGUACACCGUGAUGGACGACUAAUUGACGACCCGGUUCCCUUCCCCGGCAUAAUUACCCAUCCUUCCACCGCGCAACCCUCUUGUACAAAAUAAUACACCCAUGCCACCUUUCGUACCAGGCCCAACGCGAUUUUCUUCGCAGAAACCAGAAAUCCUUUAAUUUAAUCUCCUUUGGAAUGGAGUUGGACCAAAUUUUCGGGAUACCCAAACUUACGCUGGAGUUGCAUACUUGUUUUUGCAUGUACCGUACUUGCUGGCUGGAAUUAUCACAUCUGUAUUUUUCAGUUGUUAUUUUUUGUACAUAGAGAUGCCACAGAUUAUAGAAUUGCAAUCAUUUGUCUCCAC